AUGCCGCAGCAGAAGACGCAACCGGAGGGCCUUCGAUACCGUGACCGGCAGCAACAGCAGCAGCAGCAACAGAAACUGCUACACCAGCAGCAGCAACAGCAACAACAACGGCAACUGCAGCAGCAACAGCAACAGCAGCAGCAACAUCAGCAGCAACAGCUGCGGAAGCUGCUGCUGCAAGCGGAGCAACUGCUGCAGCGAAUUGCUGUUCACGAUUCAGACGGGAAGCAGAGACAAAAGGGGCCAGUGGUGUCUCUAAUGAGCAGCACACCAGAGCUGUCUCCUUCGAGCAGCAGCAGCAGCAGUAAAGGCAACAGCAGCAGCAACAACACAAGCAGCAGCGACAGCAGCAGCUGCAGCUGCAGCAGCUGCAGCAGGAGUAGCAGCGGCGGCAGCUGCAGCUGCAGCAGCAGCAGCAGCAAAAGUUCUCCACUACGGGUAGAAGACUAUUCCGAGUGCAAUGAGGGGACCCCCGCUGCUGCUGCUGCUGCUGCUGCUCCGAGUCCGCAGAAUGUUGCAGCAGGAGGGACAGCAGCAGCAGCAGCAGCAGCAGCAGCAGAGAAUACUGCUUGGGUGGAGGAAAGGGCUGCUGCUGCAGGUGCAGCAGGAGUAGAUUUGCUUGCUGUUGCUUUUGAGUUGCAGCAGGACACGAGCUUACCGUUAGAGAAGCGACAAGCAGCAGCACAGCGAGCUGUUGCUGCUGCACUAGAGCAGCAGCAGCAGCGCUUCAGGGGCCGCAGCAGGAAGGGGAGGCUGCUGUGGGCAGCAGGAAGACUGUUCAGAGGAGACAGUCAUUUUCUUUUUGGGGUGCCGAUAUUCUGUCUGCUGUCUCUCUGUCUCUGCACCGAGACGCUGCUUUAUGUUUUUGUGCUGCUGCUGUCUCGGCUGCUAGAGAUGUCUUUCUUCAGACUUCAUUCUGCUGCAACCCGCUUCAAACGCCGGCAGCAGCAGCAAAGGCAGCAGCAGCAGCAGCAGCAGCAGCAGCAAAGGCAGCAGGAAGGGGGAGAGUUGAGGGCCGGCUUCUCUGCUGGUGCUGGAGACACUGCUGCAAAAGCUGCUGAAGGCGCUGCUGCUGCUGCUGCUGCUGUUGCUGCUGCUGGAGUCGCAUCUGCAGCAACAGCAGCAGCAGCAACAGCAGCAGCAGCAACAGCAGCAACAGCAGCAGCAACAGCAGAAGGAACAGCAGCAGCAACAGCAACAGCAACAGCAGCAGUGCCUACAGGGUGGCUGAGGAUGGGGCGCUAUGUGCAUGCAGCGGGUCGUUUGCUGCUGCUGCUGCUGCUGCACCCUGUUCGUUUGCUGCUGCAGCUGCUGCAGCAGAUUCGUGGGAGCAGCAGCAACAGCAAGAUGUCUCCAUGCAUGCUGAAGCGGCAGCUAGAGAAAUGCCGUUCGUUUGCUGCUUUUGCUGCUGCAGCAGCAGAGCUUGAUGCUGCUACAGGAAGAGACAGCUGGAAAUUAAAAAGAGAGACAAGUUUAUUUGACUGGAAGGAGACGCAGCAAAUGCUGCUGCUGCUUACUGCAGCACGAGAGAAGAAAGACCCGCUGGCUCUUGCUGCAGCAGCAGCAGAAGCACUCCGUGGCUGCGCACAAGCAGCAACACAAGAAGCAUUAUAUAGCUCGUGA